AGGGAUCCGAUUGGGUCCCACCCAAAGGUGCCAGAAUUUGCACCCUGCACUUUGAGCCGAAAGAUUUUUAGCAAAAUCCUUCAAGUAAAAAGAAGCUAUUGCUACUCCCUGGUGCUAUUCCAAAUCCUGCUCCACAACUUACCGCCAGCCUCCACUAUCAUAUCAAAGCAUCUUCCAAAUUGUAAUGUUUACGUGUACCGUAAGAAGAAGGUUAGCGCUGAUGGUGAAAGCCCUGUCCUUGUUGAGUCAUCUUCCUCUCCGCAGCAGCAACAUCAAGAGAACAGUGUAGAGCAAAGCUGCAAAACUCCUGUUAGUCGUAGAGCAGGUGUAUCAGUGUUGCGAAGAAUUGAGAACAUAAUUCCGAGCACCCUCAACCAGCAAAUGAAGAUGCGGAGGACACCUCCAGCAUCUUCUGAUUCCCUGUUUUUGCCAAGUGAAUUAUCUGCUGCUGCUAAGAUGGAUAUGCCACUUACUCCACCCAUUACCCCUCGCACUCCAGCAUCUAAUGUUUGUCAGUCUUCACCAUCAAUAAGUUCUUUUCCAUCUGGAGGCAACUCCACCGAACUCAAUGGAAGCAGCCCUUUUCCCCUGCCCUCCUCUCCUCCUUCAUCACGUAAGAGAGGCGCUUUCCCCCUUGACAUUUCUGAGACCCCAUCAAAAGUCGUGGUUCUGAGUGGUGCUCCAGUGCCUGUCUGUCUUGACAUAGAGGAGGGUGAUUCGCCUCGCAAAGUAGCACUGAAGAAUAUGGUAGAGUUUUUGCAGAACCAGAUUCUGGAGGAUAAGCGAAAAAUUUCAAUUUUGCAACGACAGGUGGCUCAAAGAGAUGUUCAGUUGGAACAAAGAGAUGCUGAGAUCGAUGCCUUGAGAGAAAUCAUUAAGAAAGCCAUUGAUUUUGAUGUGCGCUGUGUCACUAUCGACGCACCACUCCAUUGGAAAGACAGAGCCCUAAUAUGGAUUGCUCGCCCUGCUCUUGUGGGUCAAUAAUAGCAGCAUUCAGAAAGGACCAAUCCAUACCAUAAAAUGGUGUAUUGUCAUCUUUGAAACUUGGGAGCAAUUCUUCAUCUUUAAAACUUUGGAGCUAUUCUCCAUUUGUACGUUAAUUCUCUUUUGCCUUUAGUGCUCACCACUCUCUUGGUCAUAGUUAACAUUUCCAUUAUUAAAUGAUAGGUGACAUGUUCUGAACAUCCUGUCAUGUUUUAGCUUUUUCUCAUGACCCUGAUAAUUUUUACAAUUUGGGUUAUGGCGUUGAAAGCACCAGCACCUUCUGCCGUUUUGCAAAAGGUGCCCCAAAUGAUUAUUAUUUUUCCACCUUUGAGGUCAAGAACUCCCUGUCAUAUUGGAGCUUUCUCCAUUUUAAUGUACUGUAUUUCUUAUUUUGUUUUAAGGGUUUAAAACCCACUUUGUUAGUGUUAGGCUGUAAAUGAUGAAAUGACAUGUUCUAAACAUCCUGUCAUGUUUGAGCUUUUUCUCAUGACUGUGAUAUUUUGUGCAAUUUGGGUUAUGGCGUUCAAAACACCAGAACCAGCACCUUGUGCCGUUUUGCAAAAGGUGCCCCAAAUGAUUAUUAUUUUACCACCUUUUGAUGUCUAGAACCUCCUGUCAUUUUGGAGCUUUCUCCAUUUUAAUGUGCUGUAUUUCUUAUUUUGUCUUAAGGGUUUAAAACCCACAUUGUUAGUGUUAGGCUUUAAAUGAUGAAAUGACAGAUGUUCUAAACAUCCUGUCAUGUUUGAGCUUUUUCUCAUGACUGUGAUAUUUUGUGCAAUUUGGGUUAUGGCGUUCAAAACACCAGAACCAGCACCUUGUGCCGUUUUGCAAAAGGUGCCCCAAAUGAUUAUUAUUUUUCCACCUUUUGAUGUCUAGAACCUCCUGUCAUUUUGGAGCUUUCUCCAUUUUAAUGUACUGUAUUUCUUAUUUUGUCUUAAGGGUUUAAAACCCACUUUGUUAGUGUUAGGCUUUAAAUGAUGAAAUGACAGAUGUUCUAAACAUCCUGUCAUGUUUGAGCUUUUUCUCAUGACUGUGAUAUUUUGUGCAAUUUGGGUUAUGGCGUUCAAAACACCAGAACCAGCACCUUGUGCCGUUUUGCAAAAGGUGCCCCAAAUGAUUAUUAUUUUUCCACCUUUUGAUGUCUAGAACCUCCUGUCAUUUUGGAGCUUUCUCCAUUUUAAUGUGCUGUAUUUCUUAUUUUGUCUUAAGGGUUUAAAACCCACAUUGUUAGUGUUAGGCUUUAAAUGAUGAAAUGACAGAUGUUCUAAACAUCCUGUCAUGUUUGAGCUUUUUCUCAUGACUGUGAUAUUUUGUGCAAUUUGGGUUAUGGCGUUCAAAACACCAGAACCAGCACCUUGUGCCGUUUGGUGAAAGGUGCCCCAAAUUAUUAUUAUUUUUCCACCCUUGAUGUCUAGAACCUCUUGUCAUUUUGAAGCCAAUCUCCACUGUCAUUGGUUAUUGGUUAUAGUUCGGUUUUAUGGGGCAUUGAAAUUCUAAAUGCCAAUGCCCGACAAUGCACAGUGUAUGGAAGGAGGUUUUUCGGGUGUCAGAGCAUUACAUCAAGGGUCUCAAGUCACCGUCAAAUGUAGCUGUGGUAAAUUCUUUACGGGAGAAAGGCUUCAGGGGCUUUCUCCUGGCCAUUUGUUCGUUUGAGACCCUUUUUGACAGACUUGUGCGUAACGGGUCAUUAAAAUAUCUUCUUAAGUAUAAGUUCAGUCAAGAUGCCCUAGAAAUGUUCUUCGGCUUGAUUCGCCAACUGGGAGGUUUCAAUCAACAACAACCCUACUGCUGUCCAAUUUUCUGCUGCUUACAAACGACUUCUGUUUAGGAAUUAGUUGAAAGCCAGCAAAAAUGGUAAUGCUUUCCCGAUUGAUCAAAUCAAGGUGUUGUCUGUCAAAGCUACAGGCUAAAAGCGAGCCAAGUCAAGUGCUGGGUAUUGUAUGAGUGACCAUGAAAGUUGGCGAGAUGUGUGCAUUUCUACACAGUGUAUUGUUUCAUCCUCAAUAUUAGGCAAUAAAACAUACAUUUUUUAACCUGAUCCUUGUUUUUCAGUAUUUCUACUCUUAUUCCUGCACUGGAAUCUCCUUAACCUCUUAUUUAUACACGUUACAUUAUUGAAAAAGUACUGCAGCGCUACAUUUUUAAUGGCCCCCGACUACUUAAGAAUUUAUGUCUGAAUUAAACGAAAGCAACUCCAUUCUGCAUUCAAAUAUUUGGCGGCGCCUUCGCCCCACCGCGCGUUCCCCCCACCCGUUUCCGGUCCCUUGCGUGAAGGCAUGAUAGCCGCGCGCCCCGUAAGGCUCCUUCAGGGCUUCACUUCUAGCCAGGAAGGCGCGUCGAUGGUGGGGGGGACGCGCCGACGCAG